GCCGCAGCGAGACAGAACUUGCACAAUGUUGGAGAUGUCAGAAGUACAGAAGAUGUUCGGACCAAGGCGUAGAGGUGUUCCCCACAUCUCGAACAUGAGGAUUGUGCUGCUGGGGAACAAAGCUGCAGGGAGGAGUUCAUGUGGAAACACCAUCCUGGGCAGACAGGAGUUCCAGACUGCAGGAAGAACAGCUGAGUGUGUGAAGAGAGAAGGAGAAACAGCAGGCAGACACAUCACUGUAGUGGAGGCUCCAGGAUGGUGGGCAAACUACACUGUAGAGGAAACUCCUGAACGUGAUAAACGAGAGAUUGUCCUCAGUGUGUCUCUGUGUCCUCCAGGACCCCAUGCUCUACUCCUGGUCAUUGAUGUGAGUGAGUCAUUCAUAGAGGAAGACAGAACAGCAGUACAGGGACACCUGGAGCUCCUGGGUGAGAGAGUCUGGAGCCACACUAUAGUGUUGUUCACCUGGGGGGAGUGGCUGGGAAACAAAAGCAUUAAGCAGCACAUUGAGAGCGAGGGAGAGGCUCUGCAGUGGGUUGUAGAGAAAUGUGGGAACAGGUACCAUGUUUUAGACAAUAGGAAGAGUGAUGGUGGCCAGGUGACAGAGCUACUGGAGAAGAUAGAAGAGAUGGUGACGGAGAACAGAGGUCUUCACUUUGGCUUUGAUAACAACAUGCUGAUUACACUGAUGGAAAAGAAGAAGGAAGAAAAGGGAAGAGCAGAGCAGAGGAUGGUGAAGGUGCAGAAACAGAGAGCGACUCUCAGAUCAUUAUCAGGAGGUGUUCCCCACAUCUCAGACAUGAGGAUUGUGCUGCUGGGAUACAGAGUUGCAGGGAAGAGUUCAUGUGGAAACACCAUCCUGGGCAGACAGGAGUUCCAGACUGCAGGAAGAACAGCUGAGUGUGUGAAGAGAGAAGGGAAAACAGCAGGCAGACACAUCACUGUAGUGGAGGCACCAGGAUGGUAUUUCAACGUCACUGCAGAGACAACUCCUGAACGUGAUAAACAAGAGAUUGUCCUCAGUGUGUCUCUGUGUCCUCCAGGACCCCAUGCUCUACUCCUGGUCAUUAAUGUGAGUAAGACAUUCGUAGAGAUAUACAGAAGAGCAGUGCAGGAACACCUGGAGCUCCUGGGUGAGAGAGUCUGGAACCACACUAUAGCGCUGUUCACCAGAGGGGAGUGGCUGGGAGACACAAGCAUUGAGCAGCACAUUGAGAGUGGAGGAGAGGCUCUGCAGUGGGUUGUAGAGAAAUGUGGCAACAGGUACCAUGUUUUAGACAACAAGAAGAGUGAUGGUGGCCAGGUGACAGAGCUGCUGUGGAAGAUAGAAGAGAUGAUGACGGUGAACAAUGGUCAUCACUUUGGCUUUGAUAACAACAUGCUGAUUAAACUGAAGGAGAAGAAGAAGAAAGAAAAGAGAAGAGCAGAGCAGAGGAAGAUGAAGGUGCAGAAACAGAGAGAGACUCUCACAUCAUCAGCAGGAGGUGUUCCCCACAUCUCGAACAUGAGGAUUGUGCUGCUGGGGAACAAAGCUGCAGGGAGGAGUUCAUGUGGAAACACCAUCCUGGGCAGACAGGAGUUCCAGACUGCAGGAAGAACAGCUGAGUGUGUGAAGAGAGAAGGAGAAACAGCAGGCAGACACAUUACUGUAGUGGAGGCUCUAGGAUGGUGGGCAAACUUCACUGUAGAGCAAACUCCUGAACGUGAUAAAGAAGAGAUUAUCCUCAGUGUGUCUCUGUGUCCUCCAGGACCCCAUGCUCUACUCCUGGUCAUUGAUGUGAGUGAGUCAUUCACAGAGGAAGACAGAACAGCAGUACAGGGUCACCUGGAGCUCCUGGGUGAGAGAGUCUGGAGCCACACUAUAGUGCUGUUCAGCUGUGGGGACUGGCUGGGAGACACAAGCAUUGAGCAGCACAUUGAGAGUGGAGGAGAGGCUCUGCAGUGGGUUGUAGAGAAAUGUGGCAACAGGUACCAUGUUUUAGACAACAAGAAGAGUGAUGGUGGCCAGGUGACAGAGCUGCUGGAGAAGAUAGAAGAGAUGGUGAUGGUGAUAGUGAACAGUAUUGAGCAGAGUUUUGACCGCCCCAAUUUCAGUGCCAUUGCUGAGAUUACAAAGCCCUUUAAGCAGCUGAAAACUACAGAACACAUGGUGGCAGGAAAUGAUGGAGAUUGGAGUAUGGAUGGUGGUCGUCCCAAGUUCAGUGAGGCCAAUCCUGAUGACUUCUCCAGAGGAGAUUCUGCAUAUGGCUCUGCAUCAGCACUCCAAUCAGACGUGAUGAAGCCCCUCAGGCAGCUCAGCAUUGCCCCCAGAUUCAAAACGAAAGAUCCAUUUGUGGAUAUUUCCACAAUAAUGUUUGAUGACACUGAAAUCAUUGGGCGUGGCUCCUAUGGAGUAGUUUACAGAGGAUCAUACCAGGAAACUCCUGCUGCAGUGAAGGUCAUACAAACAGGACACAAUCCAACGUUGACAAAUGAAGUACUUAUUUCCUGGCGAUUGUCCCAUCCCAACAUUGUGCGCGUGAUGGCUGUGUCCAAAAGUGAGAGCCAGAUCCUCAUUGCUAAUGAGUACAUCCACGGUGCCAACCUGGAACAGGUCCUUCACACAGACACUCUGAUUAAGGUAUUUCACUAG